UAGGCGCGCUAGACCCCAAACAGACGACAAUACAGUCACUUGCAUAUCAGACUCGCAUCAUAGGAAACAAUGUCUUACCAUCGCCAGCGAAUCGCCAAUUUCUACCUCCUAAGCAAUGUCGUUAUAUGAAGAUCGCCCUUCCACCCGCAACAGCGGACCCAAACCUAGCGACUACUCGCCACUCGCCGCAUCCAACGAAUAUCACGACGAAGCCGAGAAGCUGCUGCACCCCGGCCUCGUCACCCGCUCGCCCAGCAAAUGUGGUCGCGCGUGGAAGUGGGUGCGGCUCGCGCUUGAGAUUGUGGGGUUGAGCCUGCUGGUUUCCAACACACUGAUGCUGCUCAACUACUCACAGCCCGUCACCGAUCCCGAUCCCCGUGUCUCGUCUGGUCCCGCCAACAAACACAUGAUGUACGGCUCCGACCCGCGCUACAUGUCGUUCAACCACAAGUACGACUACCUCUGGAACGACGCCUUCACGGAGAGCUGGGGUCUCAUCGCUCUGCCGCCAUUCAAAGACGCGGCGGGCUUGUACAGCAAGGAUCCCGUGCACGAUGAGGGUGGAAUCGGCAUGUUUCAUGCUUUCCACUGUCUCGCCUCUAUGCGCACAGCGUUCCAGAAGAUGAACGAGAGCUCUGUGACGCUGGAGCAACUUCAGCAUGGGGAUCACGUGGCACAUUGCUUCGAUUACUUGCGGAAUGUGGUGCAGUGUACUGCGGAUGACACUUUCGAACUCCCGCGCAACCGCUCAGGACAUCCUUGGGGCAAAAUCAUCGAGGGCCAGUGGGAUGUGCGCACUUGUCGGGAUCAUACUAGGCUCCAGGAGAUCAUGGACAAGUAUGGGCAGUGGAGGCGUUUUGAUGAGCUGAUCUACCAUGAUGAGGUUGGCGUCCCGAAUGAGGACCCAGAGGUUUGA